AUGGCCUCUGUCCACAAGCUCUUCUCCCUCGAUGGCCAGACCGCGCUCGUCACCGGCGGCACGCGGGGCAUCGGCCAGGCAAUGGCUGUGGCAUUGGCUGAAGCUGGCGCCGACAUCCUCCUGAUCCAGCGCGACACCUCCAACACCGCGACCAAGUCUCAGGUCGAGGCGCUUGGCCGGAAAGCCACCAUCUACACCGCAGACCUGAGCGACCCCAAGUCCGUCGGCGAAGUCGUCCCCAAGGUCACCGGCGACGGCCAAAAGAUCGACAUUCUCGUCAACUGCGCCGGCGUCCAGAAGCGGCACCCGGCACACCAGUUCCCCGACGAGGAUUGGGACGCGGUGCUGCAAGUCAACCUCCGCACCGUCUUCAUCCUCUGCCGCGACGUCGGCGCUCACAUGCUUGCCCGCGACCCCGACUCGACAGGCCGCCGCGGCGCCGUCAUCAAUGUCGCCUCACUCCUCUCCUUCCAGGGCGGCAUCACCGUGCCCGCCUAUGCGGCCAGCAAGGGUGGCGUGGCGCAGCUGACCAAGGCGCUGAGCAACGAGUGGUCGGGUAAGGGUAUCGCGGUCAACGCCAUCGCUCCGGGAUACAUUACGACCGACAUGAACGAGGCGCUCAUCAACGACAAGAACCGAGCCGACGCCAUUCUGGCGCGCAUUCCGGCGGGCAGGUGGGGAAACCCCGAGGACUUCAAGGGUGCUGUGGUUUACUUGGCCUCGAGGGCGGCGGGAUACGUUGGCGGUGAGGUGUUGACCGUCGAUGGCGGCUGGAUGGCCAGGUAA